GGAAGUAAUCAUUGCAUUAGAUACACAAACAAAAACUUUGAAACUCAGUCAUCUGUUCUGUAGAUCAACUUUCCGCCUCAUUUUGCCCAAACUCAAAUUUGAAUAAGACGUUGCAAAACGAUUGGGAUGGAAUCUACCAUGCAAAUUUUGGUGCUGUCAUUUUUUGUCGUCGCUGUAGUAUCUCAAACGUGGCUGGGCACAGCUGUUUCUGACGAAACCGAAGGCGACAACUCCGAACAUGACUCAUCCCCAUUCGACGACAUAGACCCCAGCUCGGAUUUGUACAAAAAACUCAAGGAACAGUCUGAGAAAUUCAUUCCUGGGCGAUCAUUCGACGAAGCCAACUUUGACGAUGAACACUUUGCUAAUUAUGAUCCUUACGUUGACGGAAGGUACCCUGCCGAAGCUGACCGCUUCUUCGACCCAGAUCGAUACCCUGCCAAAGGUCAUUACGGGGCAAAGUAUGAUGAUUCAUACGAGCCAUAUGCACCGUAUGACUAUAACUAUGAUUCACGCGGUCCAUACCCAGGAGGUCUGAGCAGCAACCCGUAUCAUUCUUCGUCGCCUUGCUCAAACCUUCCUGGUGGAUUGACUCGAAUGGCCACAGGUGUCGACAUCACCAAGUUGGAACUCUUUAACAUCGAAUCAAAUCAACCCGGAGGCUUCAAGGGUCCCAUUAUAGACUUCUCGUGCGAAGAGGGUAAAAUGUGGACCAACUCCUAUAAUUCCAGAACAUACCAGGUUCCCGAUGAGAUCUGGAAGAUUGACAACGUUCCAGGGGAGUCUAUCAACCGCGUUGCAACUGUGUUUCGGUCGUAUGAGGAAAUUAAACAGUAUCUUCUAGAAAUGACUGGUCUAGAGGAGAAAAACGGAAUGUUUUCUCUGAGCAAAAGUUUCAGCGAGCUUACCAAAGAAGUUGAGCUAGACUCUAAAAUGAUCGUCGAUGUCACUUCUCAUUUGUUCAACACGGAAAUUAUGAUGGAACCGCAUCAGACAAUUCCACUGGGAUUCCAUGUCGAGAGCUUCUUGGCAACUCUUGCCGACGAUUACGAAGACGAGCCAGAAGGGUAUGAAGAAUUCAUAGAGACGUUCGGAACCCAUUACUACUCCUCCGCAACGGUCGGACCCUUCAUCCGAAAUCAGUUCUCAGUUUCGGAAAAGUAUUAUUUGGAACACAAUGAGGCGAACAUCAAGCAAGAGAGUUUGAAUUGGUUCACGAACUGGUAUGAUUCUCAUGCUAAUAAAAAGACGGCUAAACUGAACAUCGAUAAGAAUUUCGAAGCGAGUACAGUUUUAAGAGCGGAGAUUUACGGAGGACAGAGUGAAAUCUUUGAAGACAAAGGAGUUGACGGCUGGUUGGAAACAGCGGUUGAUGUGCCCACAAUUUUCAAAGGAAAACUUACACCAAUUUCCAACCUAAUUGACGACCCCAGGAUCAAAGCGUCCAUGGAACGGGCUGUUCAAAUUCACCUGGACCGCGCAUUUUUAACUGAACUAAAAGAGGGUCUGGAAAUAACUGAGAAAAAGUACCAAAAGGGAAAAAUUCAGAACUUAGUCAAGAUCCACGAGGAAGUUCAAAAAAUGGCCAAGAGUAAAGUUUUGGAUCACGAUUUGUUGACAAUGUGGGGCAAAACUGUCAAGUCCAGUUUGGCGGUUCCCAAAUGGUGGCAACAAACUUACCUUUGCUACAAGUACAGCAACGAUGUGCAGAAUAAAUAUUGUAGUGGACCUACUCCGACGUGCGCCCCUGUGAACCAAUUCACGGAAUUGUACCAGGAUUGGUCGAGGAAAGCGGGCGGGUGUCACAUGCAGUGGGGUUUGUUCACACACCCCGAGGCAGAUGAUUGGUUCAAAAAUGUGGAGUUCUGUUUCCGCUUCUCGUCCGAAGGAGACGUCAGUCAGUGUGGGGAUGGAAAGGCUAAGGAGAUCUGCACGAAAGUGAACCACUACAGUCCAGAGUACUAUGAUCACACCGACAGAAGGAAAGGAGGCUGUCAAAUGCAGUGGAAGAUAUACGCCAAAAACACAGACCUCAUUCCUGCCUGGUUCGCCAACACUAAACUGUGCUACAUGUACAAGGCACACAUCAAAGGGAAGUCGAACCCGCGUGAGCUGAAGAGAGUGUGUUCAUUCGUGAACGAAUACACCCCCGCCUAUUUGGAUGACUCACACUUCCACACCUACCUGCGCUACACAGAGAACUUCAUCCAGUGGGGUUUGACUGAUGUCCUCGGAUGAAAGCGGAAGACACAAACUCAAUAUAACUGCAGCAAAAAAAAAUAUUAUAUUGGAUUUAAAAUAGAAUUGAGUUCUCGAAGUCUAAUUAUAAUCUAUU